AUGAUCGGGAUAAACCAUGAUUUUUUGUCUGCAAACUUUGUUGGAUAUCCAAUGGAAGAAAAAAAAACAUUGUGUUACCAAGAUUUUAAUAUAAAUAAAAAAAGAACAACUCCUUUAAAAUAUAACAAUUUUAAUAAUUAUGAGUACUUAAAAGAAUUAGACGAUCUUCGGGAAUAUAAAAGAAUAACUUCCCAAAAAAUAAAAAAGUAUGAAAGUUCUAUAUAUUCAUAUAAGAAUCAAUUAAGAAAUGUAAACAAAAAAAAACUCGAUGGAGGAAAAAUAAAUUUAAAAUUAAUAAAUAUAUUUGUUAAUAAUAUAUGUGAUAUAAUAGAAUACCUAUGUUCUGAUAUAAACAAAUCAGUCUUAUCCGUUCUUCCUUUCAUUCAUACCAUAUUGAAUACAAGUCCCAUCAGAGACAAAAAAAUAUACGAGUGUUCCAAAUUAAUACAUAUAACUUUAACCCAGUUGAACUGUAAAAAUGUAGUGAAUGAUAAAUAUGAAAUUCUUAGAGAAGAAAACGAAAAGGACUAUGAUUUAAGGACCCAUAAAUUAGACGAUUUAGAAUGGUUAGCUUGUGAAACUAAUGAUAAAGGUUGGUUAGCUAUUAGCGACAGAUGGGAAACAUGUCCCAAGGAUUUAAAAUGGUUAUGUGUGAAAAGAAAUAAUAGAUCGUGGAUAUUGUAUCGUCAUAUAUGGGAAAAUAGUUCAGAUGAUUUGAAAUAUAUAGCUAUAUUGUUUGAUGAUAAAAAAUGGCUACAUUUAUAUAAAAUAUGGAAACUAAUUCCUUUAACUUUAAAAUUUAAAGCGAUAAAUUCAAGGGAUGUUAAUAUUUGUAAACCAUCAUUAAGUGAAAUUAUUUUUAAUGAUAUUUAUAGUAAUAAUAUUUAUAGUAAUAAUAUUUAUAGUAAUAAUAUUUAUAAUAAUGAUAUUUAUAAUGAUAAAAAAUUUGUGAAUAUAAAUUCAUAUGAUUCAUCAUCUAUAAAAAAUAAUUAUAGAACUAGUAGUAUGAUGGGAAAUUAUUACUUAAGAUAUAAUAAUAUGAAUAUGUAUAAAAAUUGUAUGGAUAAAAAUAUAUUGUCAUCAAAAUUAUAUGAGAAUAUGCAAAAAAGAGAGGAUUCCUUAGAAGAAUCUUUAAAAUAUGAUUUAUAUAAAGCACAAAAGAAAAAAAAAGCUGAUGAUAGUAAUAAGGAUGAACAUAUAUUGAAACACACAAAUACAAAAAAAGGUGUAACUCAAAAGGGAGCUGAUAACUUAAAUGAUAAAUUGUUAACGUCUAAAGAAAUCGAAAAGGAUAAAAAGGAAAAUGAAAGUUUUAAGAAAUUUAUGAUAUCAAGUGAUAAUUGUAAGAAUGGAAUCAUACAUUCUAUUCAUGAAUAUAAAGAAGACAAAGAAAAACAAAAUGAUACAGAUAGCCGAGUGGUGAUUCAAAAAGGUAUGAGUAAAAGUGUGCUACAUGAGGAACGGGAGGUUAUCAAAAAGAAAGAACAGGACCAAAAAAAUGAAAAGGAUGGCAAGGAUGAUAAGAGGGAUAUCCUAUCACACAAACAAUUAGACAUAAAUAUAAUUAACAAUAGAUUAAAUUCCAAAUUUAUUUUAAAAAGAAGUUAUAAAGAAAAUUUUAUUAAAAGUAUGUUGUUUAAUAAAAUAAAUGUACAACAAAAAGUAGAUACAAAUAAUGAUAAUGAUAAUGAUAAUGAUAAUGAUAAUAAUAAUAAUAAUAAUAAUAAUAGUGACAAAUAUGAAGAAAAAAAUAAAAGUAAUGAAGAAAAGAAAAAACAAGUUGAUAAGAAUGAUAUACCAGAAUAUAAAAUUUCAGAAAUAAAUAUUUUAAAGAACGAAGAUAUUAAAACAAAUAAACAAAAAAUUCAGUUGUUAGAAAAAAAAGAAAGUGAAAAAGGAAAAAAUAAAGAAAUCGAAAAAACGAUGAAUAAUAUACAAAAAAAGAAGUUACCAUCAUUAAAAAAUUUAUUAAAAAUGAAAGAAGAAUAUUAUUUUAAAAAAUUCUCAAAAAUGAUUAUAAAAAAAAGUAUUUUAGAAGAAUGUGUAUCUAGUAUAAAGAAGAAGCAAAAUAGUAAGUGUAUAGAAAAUUUUGAUGACAGUUCAAAUGAUGAAUUUAUAGAUACUAAACAUAGUAAUUCUAUAAAAUAUGAUGAGAAAAUAUCUAAAAGAACAGUACCACUUGUAUUAAAUAAGUUAUCUAAAAUUAAAUUGAACAAUACAAAGAAAUUCCCUAUUUUAAUAAAAAAGCAAAAUUUUAAAGAACAUAUUAUUAAUAUAAAAGAAAAAGAUGCUUUCAAAACAAAUAAGAAAUCUACUAAUAAUUUAUAUCUUGAAAAUAUGCAACUUAAAAGGAAUUGUGAUAAACAUAUUUUUAAAACGGGUAUGUCUAAUGAUAUACAAGAUGUUGUACCAAAAGAAACGUUAUUAAUGGGUGAGUUUUUCAAAAGUGAGGAUAUUAAUGAAAAGGAAAUUGAAAUAAAUAAAGAGCAGAAAGAUGAGGACAUAAAAAAGGAGGAUCAAGGAAUGGUUACAAAUUAUUUUACAGAUUUACUUAAUGCAUUUAAUUUUGUUAAUACUCCAAAGGAGGUAGGUAGCUUUUUUGAUUUAAAAAAUAAGGAGGAUAAAAUAUUAUUGGAUGAAAAUUUAAUACGAAAAAAUUACGCUUCAUGGGAAAAUGAUAAAAGUGAUGAUGAAAAAGAACAUUCACUAGAAAAGACCAAUAAUAACAGAGAUGUGAUGAAGUUAAAUAUAGAACCAAUGAAUUCAGAGAUGAUAAUGGAAGGAAAUAAUAUAAAUGAUGAAAAUAUAAAAAAGGAUAAUAUUAUUCCUAAUAAUAGUAUAAAUUUGCAAGAAAAUAAAUUACAAUAUAUAAAAACCUUGAGAAGUUUAACUUUUAACAAAUUCCCUAUAAAGAAUAAUUUAAAAGGGUAUACAAUAAAAAAAGAAUUGUUAACAAAAAUAAAAAAGAAGAAUAAUGAAGAAAAAUGGAUAUCUAUGGAAAAUGACGAAUCUAAAUUAAACCAAAGUAAAAACCAGAGUAAUUCAUACAUAUGUAAAGAUCCAAUAUUACAUUUUUAUACAAAUAAAAACAAAUCCUCCUUUUUAAAAGAAUCAUCGGAUUCUUUUAUGGAAAAUAACCAUAGUAAUAUUUUACAAAAGGUACUUGAUUCGGAUUUGUCUAAUUUUAAUAAUAUGAAUAAAAAAAAAAUGACAGCUGAUGAAAUUGCUAAGCAUGCAAAUGCUUCACUUUAUAUAACUGUUAAGAGAAAGGCAUCACAAUCUUCUCUGACAAAUUCAUCAAAAAUAAUACCUAAGAUAAAAGAAAAACCAAAAUUAUCCUUUUGA